AUGUCGACGAUUGUACCCGGCAGCUUACACCCGAGUAAUGGCCGCCAUGUAUUAGCGUGGAACCAACAAGGUGUACUCGCCUACGGAUGUCACAACUUGAUCUUUCUCGUCGACGCAUGCUCGCAGCGCCGGAUACAAGCCCUGGAAUUCCAUAAAACUGCUAUCAGCCAUAUUUCCUGGAGCCCGCCGGCGGCCCUCCUAUCUGAGGACCAGACGCUACGGAUUGCAUCGGCCGAUAUUUCAGGCCGACUAGUAGUCUCAGACCCAAAAAAUGGCACCACCCUUUCGACGUUUGGCUUGCCGAACACGAAUGUGAUUCACCUUGAAUGGUUCGUCUGGAAGGACUUGCAACGAGAUUUCUUGUUGGUCCUGCACUCGCCGUCCCUGCUUGUGCUCUGGAAUGCUGAUACCGGCGAGAAAGAAUCUGACUCCAUUUCCUCGUCUGGCCUCUAUCGCUCGGUGUUUGCCGAGGAAUUGUUCACUUUUGAUGACGAGCUUACAACCGGAACUAUCGACGACUUGGGUUUUCGUCAAAUCGGCAUCUGCAAUGCGCUUGCUGUUGGGGUGACCUCUGUACGGGUGAAGCCAUUGGAGGGGAUGGUAAAGCGCGAUCAGGAGACUCUGCAGGACGAAUCUCCACUUGAUGAUCUCCACCUGGCUGCAAUAGGAACGAGUGGCGGUACACUCCAUCUAGUCGAUGUAUUCACCCGGGAAAUUGUAAAGGAAUUCACAGUUCAAUCAUCACCAAUCAAGAAUGAUGUCAUUCUGACCGAUAUUCGGACCGGAAUAUCACGUCGAGCUCGGCCGGAAGGGGAUGAGUCUCCAAUCACCAUGAUCCGCGUUUCUUUUUAUCAAAGCUACGUUGCCUUGGCCUUUGAAAGGGAGCCACUAGAAGUCUGGGACCUAAACUCGAUGAGGCUGCUGAGACGCAUGAGCAAAGCCUGCCCUUUGAUUAGAGAUAUGGCGUGGUCUUGUAAGCAUUGCACUGUCAAGCCCACAGACAGGGGCGGGCCUUCUGUCUAUAGGGAAAAUUUGGUAGUGCUGGAUUCGGACAAUCGGCUGUACCAUAUUGUCGUGAAAGGCCUCCAUGUUAGGGAUGGCAAAGAGGUUUCUACGCAGAUCACCUUUUUUGCGCUCAUCAAGGCCAUCAAAGCCCACCAGGUUCCGGAGCUCUACAUCCAAUUUUAUGGCGAUGGGCGCGAUACCUCUCCGAACUCGGGUCUGGGCUUCCUGAAGGACACCCUAAAGUUCUUGGACGAGCAACAAUACGGAGAGCUAGCGACGAUUGUCGGAAGGUAUUAUGCGAUGGACCGUGACAAGAGAUGGGAGCGUAUUGCCGUGGCUUAUGAGGGAAUGGUUGGUGGAAAGGGCGAGGAGACUUCUAAAGAAAAGGUGACAUCCGUAGUGGAAGCCCGUUACGCCGCCAACGAAACUGACGAAUUUUUGAAGCCUAUCAUUGUGAAUGGUGACAAGGGCCGCGUGAAGGACGGAGAUACUCUGAUCUUCUUCGACUACCGCGCCGACCGCAUGCGCGAGAUUAGCGAGGUGAUGGGCAUGGAAGCCUACAAGAAUUGCAAUUCGUCCCUGCCCCACCCAAAGGAUCUCCAAGUUUAUGGAAUGACACAGUACAAGGCUGAAUUCCCAUUCCCUGCCCUUUUCCCACCGAAUUCGAACAAAAAUGUCUUGGCAGAGUGGCUGGCCACCCAAGGCGUUUCACAGUUCCACUGUGCCGAGACUGAAAAAUACGCUCAUGUCACGUUCUUCUUCAACGGCGGCCGGGAGGCCCAUUUUGAGGGCGAGGAGCGAUGCAUGGUGCCCAGCCCAAAAGUGCCAACCUACGACCAUAUGCCGGAGAUGUCGUCGGCCGGUGUCGCUGACAAAAUGGUCGAGCAAGUGGAGGCUGGAAAACAUCCGUUCUUGAUGUGCAACUUCGCCCCGCCCGACAUGGUCGGCCAUACUGGCGAAUAUGAGGCGGCUGUGAAGGCCUGCGAAGCUACCGAUAUUGCCAUUGGGCGGAUCUUUGAUGCGUGUCAAAAGCACGGCUAUGUAUGCAUGGUGACUGCCGAUCACGGGAAUGCCGAAAAGAUGAUUGCUCCCGAUGGUGGCAAACAUACAGCACACACCUGCUACCGCGUCCCCUUCACCAACAGCUCCGACAAGUUCAAAUUUUUGUCAAAGUUGGACAACCGUGAAAUGGCGCUGUGUGAUGUGGCUCCGACGGUGCUCUACAUUAUGGGCCUGCCAAUUCCUCCCGAUAUGUCUGGAGUUUCGCUUGUUGAGGGCCCGCAG